AUGGAGUCUUGUAUUGAAGGUUUGGGGAAAUUCGGACUAUUAUUGGAGGAGAGUGUGCAGGUGGAGCUUCUGCUGGAGUUUAAAAGGCUAGUAAACGAAUUCAUUGAUAAAGACGUGAAGAAUUACAGCCUGAUAAUCGCAGGAAUAAACGCAAUAAUAAAGAUAGUAAAGCUGAUGACAAACUUCGAGUAUAACUGGGUUUAUGAAGUGUUCACCAAAUUGUCAAGCAGGAUAGUACCGCUCCUGUUCCAAGGAGAACUGGCAUUCAAUAAACAGGAAGAAAAUGGAUUAGAUGAUGGAGACGAUUCAAAUGGCGUGAUGAAAGAGGAAUAUUCAGUUUAUUACAGCUGGCCCUGCGUGACAAUAAAGUUCUUGAAAUGCCUGGAAAACAUCACAAACCUGCUCCUAAAGUCAAAUAUCAUCUCAGACUUUCAAAUUAUAUCUCAAUUGGUGCAGGUUUUAGUCUCAAUCUCAUUACUUGUCGAUUCCGACGUGGCAGUUCCCCUCAUGUACUACGUUAAUGAUAUAAUAUCAAAGACACCUAAACUUCAGGCGAUACUUUCAAGGGAAGGGAUUGUGUUUUCAGUGUUAACAAAGGGCAAGUCAUCAUACUGGGACUUGAAACUUUUAAAAUCGCACUAUUCACCUUAUAUAAGUUCCAUGUUUAACCAAUCUAAGGACCCAAAUACAAUAGUUUUAAAGCCAAAACAAACUCAUAUACCCAUGGACCUGAAGGGUGUUGAUGUCAGUAAAUUUUAUAACCAAAGUGGCCUGGAGAUAAUGAAUUUUAUUAAGGGGAUAGUAGAUGGAAUAUUGGCAACUGAUAUAGACUCGAAUACAGGAAAAUCAAAGUAUUCAUACGAUCCCGGUGGAGCUCAAGAUGAUUCUGAUUCACAUUCCCUGAGUGAUAUCUUCCAAAAUCGCAUAACCUCAAACGAUAAUGUAUUUUUAAACACUUCAAUUUCUAACCUGAGCGAACUAUAUAAAAUUGAGCGAGAAAACUGCAUCAAAGGACUGGUGCUCCGCUACGGCGAAGGCUGUGUACAACAUCUUUCACAAUUACUCAAAUCUAACCAUGAAACUAUACUAACCCUCUCAAGCCAAAUACAGACCUACCUCUCUGCAUUAAAUGACGUUAACAGCAGGAUGGAAUCUGCUGCGGUGGAACACCUGAGACUGAAAAACGAGAAUAUUAACCUUGCCCAGGGCAUACAAACGCUGGAAUCAGAAAAUUCUAGCCUAAAAUCUCAAUUAGAACAGGCAAAACUAAAUAUAAAAUCAAGUGAAAAACAAAUUUCAAUGCUAAAUGGUACUUUUGACAACUAUAUUCAUAAUCCUAUUAAAUACAACCAAUAUAUAUUUUUAGAACUUCUGAAGGAGAAUAAAAACACAUUUGAUAACAUGAAGAACAGAUGUGAGGAAUUCUAUACACUUAAAUCUGAAAUUGAAAGUUUGAACAAGAAGUUGACCUUUUCGGAAAACCAUAUCGCUAUGUUAAAUAAGGAGAGAGAUGAAUUCUGGUCAGACCCAAACCGAAAAUUAACUGACAAUGACUAUAAGAAUAGGAUCUUGGAGGCAUUUCAGAGACAAGAUAGAGCAAUGACUGUGGCUAAACUUAUGGCAUCACAAAAGAGCCAAUUAAGUCCUGAAACUACUCAUGUUAACCAAGAAAAUUACCAGGAACCAACGAGAGAUGUCGACCUUAAGGAACUUUCUGAUCUCAGACUGAGGGUCGACUACCUUGAGGAUGAGAAUUCUCAUUUGAAGGAAAUAAACGACAGUCUCCACACAAUGUGUGCAGACAUUAGUAGAAAUUUGAAGGAUGUUAAGACUACAUAUUUGAAGGAGUCAGUGGAUUCAUUGAGGAUGUUUUUGCCCACAAAAACUACCCCUAUACAACUCGUUUUCGUCCAGCCAACUGGCGUUUUGGACCUAACUUUGGAUCAGGAAUAUUUAAAUAAGCUUUCACAACCAGAAGAUUCUAAUACUACACGGCAGUAUCAACACUUGGAUCAGUCUCAAACAUCACAAGGUACUCAAUAUUUUACCCCUAAGGGCUCACUUGGUUUGAAUGUUGAGCAUUUGGAGAGUGAACAACCUAGACCUAAACCUAAGAAAAAAUUAAAUUUAAGAUCAAAAGUCAUUAAUUAUGUAACAAACUUAGACGCUUCAAGUUCAGACAGUGAUGAAAAUAAUUCUCAACUUUUACACAGGAAAGAUGAAUUCCAAGAACCUCAAUUUGACACUAAUAAACCUAAAGAACUUAUAGAACCUAGAGAACCAAAUAAACCUUUGGUUGAACGUUGUGCAGAUAAAAGUGAAAAGUUGAAUAGUUGGAAUUCAGAUUGGGACUUUUUUGAGGACGACCAAUCAGCAUCAAAUAAGGAAAAUAUUACCUGUGUUGACAAUGCAAGUGAACCAAAAGAUGGUUCUUUAAAAUUUAAUAGUGCCUUGGAUGAGAAUAGCUCAUCGGAUCCCACUUUCUCAACUAAGACUAAUCCCAGUGAAGAAACCGGCUAUGCCACUGGUGUUCUCAGUGAACAAGCUAAUUAUCACACUGAAUUUACACCUGAUUCCCCAAGUGUUACUUCAAAACUCGUUGAUCGCAUACUGUUAAAGGAUACGUUCCCAGAUGAUAUCUUUGACUCAAUCAUAAACGAACAAGAGAAUAGCUCUGAACAAAAGGUUGAAACGAGUAAAAACAAGGGCUGGGAUGACCUAGACUUUGAUACUUCUAAUUCAUAA